AGGUUGCGCACGCAGAGGUAGAGUCGUGAGUGUGUUCUUUAAACAGUCACCAGGCCUUAUGUUUUAGUAUAGACUUACAGGUCGUUAGACGGAAGUUGAUAGAGACUGUAAAGGUGGCUUCGUUGAGGUUGCUUUUAAACGAGGAAAAAUGAAGGUCCCAAGACCUGGCGGUCCGAAGGCUGGGAAGCGCGCUCCCAAGGUGAACGACAGCACCACCGUCUCAAAAUCUUCAAGCAAAAUAUCUGUUGCUGACAGAAAAUCCGACAACUCCACGACGACAAUUCCCUCAAAAACAAAUGUACAGAAGAAGUCAGCAACAGCAAAGCGAAAGGAAGUAUUAAACAGGCAAGACGCUCCUGUCCUCGAAACUAACAAGAAAGAGAAGUUCGAUGACUCGCAACGUGGCAGUUGCUUUCAAAGUGUACGGACUAUGGUCUCGGACGAAUGGCAGACUUGUCGGUCAGCUUGGAAGGCAGUAGCUAGGAUUCUGCUGGACUCAAGCGAGACGACAUCCUCCUCUUCUAGCGCCUCUACUUCUAUCGUUAGAAAAACCUCUCGCAUAUGGCAGCCAUUUUAUUACGAUGGGUUGUGCCGCAAGCAUUUGCUUUCUCUAGGCUUCAAGAACGUUCAUCACCGACCAGGCGAGGAUUUUUUCGAAUUUGUCAAGAACGAAAGAUUCUUACGGAAUAAGGUGGAUUUCAUCUGGGACAAUCCGCCAUAUACAACGCCAGAAAUGAAACACCAAGUACUGAAGGCAUUGGCGGAUUGUGGGAAGCCUUUUUGCCUGUUGCUACCCAUUGCGGUCUUGCACUCGGCCUACGCGCGGGAGUUGUUGGACAUGAGUCAAGUGCAAGUGAUGUUUCCUAGACGCGUGAUGGUGAGGAAGAAGAAUCAGAAGGCUGUGCCGUUUAAACUGCUCAUUUGGUUGUGUUACAAGAUGAAGUUGCCAAGGGAUGUGUACUUUUUGGAGGACGAAGAAGAAGACGAGAAAGAGGAUACAACUAGGCACUCUGAAGGAGCAUCUGACGAAGAGGAAGCAUCUGACGAAGACAUGUUGUCAGAUGACGAAGACAUGUCGGAAGAUGAAGAUGGUGCCCCAGAAGGUAGUGAUGGAGAAUGAAGCAAUCAACUGUACCCCCUUUCUUAGCGACACACGUCUUUCCUGCUGACAGACACACAUCUUUCCUGCUGGCAUUAUUACCCGACUGAUCUUGAAAAUACGAG